CGUGACUCGGCGGGAAGAUGGCGGCGCCCGCGGGCCGGCGUGUGCGGGGCUGAGUGCGGCGGGGCCUGGCGCUGUGGCGGCUGGUUUCUGUCGCUGCCCGGUUUCUGUCGCCGCCAUGUCGCGGCUUAUCGUGAAAAACCUCCCCAAUGGGAUGAAGGAAGAUCGCUUUCGGAAGCUAUUCGCUGCCUUUGGCACGCUGACCGAUUGUUGCUUGAAAUUCACCAAGGAGGGCAAGUUCCGGAAAUUUGGCUUCAUUGGCUACAGGUCUGAAGAGGAAGCUCAAACGGCACUGAACCAUUUCAACAGAAGUUUCAUAGACACCUCCAGAAUCACAGUCGAGUUAUGCAAAUCUUUUGGUGACCCUUCAAAACCCAAAGCAUGGAGUAAGCACGCUCAGAAGGCCCCUGCCUCAGAAAAACAGACCGAGAAACCUGUGACAAGUACAGCUCCUGCAGGCACAAAGAAAGAUAAAAAGAAGAAAGAUCCAACAGAAAACUUAAAGGAGCUGGAAGAAGAUGAAACAUUCCAGGAGUUCUUGGUGGUUCACCAGAAACGGUCUCAAGUGGCCACUUGGGCUAAUGACACUUUGGCAGAGGAGCCCAAGAAGGGAAAAUCAAAGCCAGCAGCCGAUUAUCUCAACUUUGAUUCAGAUGAGUCUGAGGAGCUGAGCGAGGAGGAGGAGGAGGAUGGGAAUGAACCCUCUGAAGAUGAGAAGGAGACUAAAGCAAAGAAAGGAGAGAAGAAGGCAGCUACCAGCAAAGAUCUCUCGGAUAUGGAUUACCUGAAAUCUAAAGUGGUGAAGGAUUCUUCCUCCUCAUCCAGUACAGAGGAGGAAACAGAUAGUGAGGAGGUGGAAGAGGAAAGUGAGAGCGAGGAGGAUUCGGGCAUUGCAGAAACCAUUGGCACCCACACAGGUCAAAGGGGGAAGCCAAAAGCCCAGCAAACACAGCAAGACACGCCAGCGGAGAAGAAGAAAAAAGGAUCCACGCUAGAGACCCAAGACAGCUCAGUGCAAGCCAGCACACCACACACGGUGAAACUUCGUGGUGCCCCCUUGAACAUCACGGAGCAAAAGAUUCGGGAAUUCUUCUUGCCUCUGAAGCCAGUGGCAAUCCGGAUAGGAAAAAGUGCCCAGGGGAAAAAUGCAGGUUAUAUCUUUGUUGACUUGAAGAGUGAAGCAGAAGUGCAAAGGGCCUUGAAGCGAAAAAAAGAAUACAUAGGUGGACGAUGCGUUGAGGUAUUCCGAUGUGGGAGUACUCCAAAAGAAACAGUUACAGCAAAACCUGAUAACCAGCCGUGGCAAAGAAGGAAGAGGGACGAUGAGGAAGAAGAGGACUUGUCUGAAUCGGGGAGACUCUUUGUCAGGAAUCUUCCCUUUACUAGCACUGAGGAGGACUUGGAGAAGAUCUUUUCCAAGUACGGACCCGUCUCGGAGAUCCAUUUCCCUAUAGACAGACUGACCAAGAAACCCAAAGGAUUUGCUUUCAUCACGUAUAUGAUUCCCGAGCACGCAGUGAAGGCCUAUGCAGAAAUGGAUGGGCAAGUGUUCCAGGGGCGAAUGAUGCAUCUUUUACCAUCCACAAUCAAAAAGGAAAAAAUCGAAGAUGCAGAUGCGGGAGAGUCUUCCUCCUACAAAAAGCAGAAGGAGGCCAAGGACAAAGCCAACAGCGCCAGCUCUCACAACUGGAACACGUUGUUUGUGGGGACAAAUGCUGUGGCCGAUGCCAUUGCUCAGAAGUACAAUGCUUCCAAAAGCCAAGUGUUGGAUCACGAGAGUAAAGACAGUGUGGCAGUGAGGGUUGCUCUGGGAGAAACCGAGCUGGUCCAGGAAAUUCGCCGGUUCCUCAUCGAAAACGGAGUCAGCCUGGAUUCCUUCAGCCAGGCUGCUGGUGAGCGGAGUAAAACGGUGAUCCUGGUAAAGAACCUCCCUGCCGGCACGAGCGUAGCGGAGCUGGAGGAUGUCUUUGGCAAACACGGCAGCCUGGGCCGGGUGCUGCUGCCAGAAGGAGGUAUCACGGCCAUCGUGGAGUUCCUGGAGCCAACCGAGGCCAAGCAGGCCUUCACCAGGCUGGCCUACUCCAAGUUUCAUUCUGUGCCGUUGUAUCUGGAAUGGGCUCCAAUGGGUGUCUUCUUCAGCCCAGCCCCUCAGAAAAAAACCUCUCAGGCUGCAGAAAAGGAGGGCAAAGCAAGGCUGGUACCUGAUGAUGACACUGACACAGCUGUAAAGGGCUCAGAGGAAACAGCAGCACAGGAAGAGGAGGAGGAGGAAGAAGAGGAGGAGGAGGAAGAAGAAAGCAUUCCCGGGUGUACCUUGUUCAUCAAAAACCUGAACUUUGCCACCACAGAAGACACACUGAAGGAGACGUUCUCCAAAGUGGGAGCUGUGAAGAGCUGCACAAUAUCCAAGAAGAAAGACAAAGCAGGCACUUUGCUUUCAAUGGGCUUUGGAUUUGUGGAGUACAAGAAGCCAGAGAGCGCCCAGAAAGCCCUGCGCAGGCUCCAGGGCUUUUCUGUAGAUGGCCAUAAGCUGGAAGUGAAAAUCUCAGAGAGAGCUGUCAGGCCCGCUGUGAAAUUGUCCCGAAAGAAACAAACCGUCAAGAAGCAGAAGAAUUCCAAGAUCUUGGUCCGAAACAUCCCGUUCCAGGCCACCGUCAGGGAAAUCAGGGAACUCUUCAGCACCUUUGGAGAGCUGAAGACCGUCCGGCUUCCCAAGAAAAUGGCAGGAACGGGAUCCCACCGGGGCUUUGGAUUUGUGGAUUUCCUCACCAAGCAGGAUGCCAAGAAAGCGUUCAACGCCCUGUGCCACAGCACGCAUUUGUACGGCCGGAGGCUGGUCUUGGAGUGGGCAGACACGGAGGAAACGGUGGAGGCCCUGAGACGGAAAACGGCGGACCAUUUCCACGACUCCCCAAAGAAGAGAAAACGAUCAGAGGUUUUGAAUGAAAUCCUGGAGCAUCUGGAAGAGGAGGAGAGCAACAAAGACGAGGCCAUCUAGCAGCUGCCUGGCAUCUGGUGAGGUCUCUCGCUGAUGGAUGCAGAAGGAGAAGCCUCCGCUGGAGACUUGGAAGCCAGCACACUUGUUGCCAGCAGAAUCCGCUCGUCCUGUGAACCCGAGGGCUUGAUUUAUGCCACGCGUCCAGGUUUUGGUAUUUCCAGCCUUUUAACCAGACCUUGAAUUCGGAGCGGGAGGAAGAGCCCUUGUCUGCCAGCGGCUCCUGCCCGACAAUCGCUUCUUAAAUCCAGGCAGGGAUACGAUUUCCCUCGUCUCAGAAACCGCCCAGCCUGCUGGCACGGACACCUGGGGAGAUGGACACUUCCCCUGCUGACCCCAGGGACUCCGGCAGAACCUGCUCUUAAUGUCUGAAUUAAGUGAUAAUUUCUGUACAUUAAAAACCACACGUAUAUUUUAAGAGUUUUCCAAA